GUGCGCCUGCGCAGCAGCGCUGAAAAGCGUCAGCGCGUGACGGCGCGGGAGGCGCUGGUGCUGGGUGGAGGACCUGGUGGUCGGGCCGCGUGGGCUCACACGAGGUAGCUCGCGGCGUCCGGCCGCGCAGGCGUUCUCAAGAUGUCGUACAUGCUUCCGCAUCUGCACAAUGGCUGGCAGGUAGACCAGGCCAUCCUUUCGGAGGAGGACCGCGUGGUCGUCAUUCGCUUCGGACACGACUGGGACCCCACUUGCAUGAAGAUGGACGAGGUUCUGUACAGCAUCGCCGAAAAGAAAUGGAAGAUAGUGGGAGAUCUUCCUCAUCUUGUAUGAGUCCUGUUUGGAUAUCCCAGCUGUUUUAAAGCAAACGGUGCUGGUGUCGCUUGUGCUCUGUGGCAUCCUCUCUGAUUCUGCGGACUCUGACAGGCCUAUCUGCCGCCAAUAUGAACAUCCGCCGGGCUCGGCCAGAUGACCUGAUGAACAUGCAGCACUGCAACCUGCUCUGCCUGCCCGAGAACUACCAGAUGAAGUACUAUUUCUACCAUGGCCUCUCUUGGCCCCAGCUCUCCUACAUUGCUGAGGAUGAGGAUGGGAAGAUCGUGGGUUAUGUCCUGGCCAAGAUGGAAGAGGAUCCUGAUGAUGUCCCUCAUGGACAUAUCACCUCGCUGGCUGUGAAACGCUCCCACCGGCGCCUUGGCCUGGCCCAGAAGCUGAUGGACCAGGCCUCUCGCGCCAUGAUUGAGAACUUCAGUGCUAAGUAUGUGUCCCUGCAUGUCAGGAAGAGCAACCGAGCAGCAUUGCACCUUUACUCCAACACCCUGAACUUCCAGGUUAGUGAGGUAGAGCCCAAGUACUAUGCAGAUGGAGAGGAUGCAUAUGCUAUGAAGCGAGAUCUCUCGCAGAUGGCGGAUGAGCUGAGACGGCAGCUGGUGCUGAAGAAAGGUAGAUACGUGGUUCUGGGUUCCAAGGAGAAUCAAGGUGGUACACUUCCUGGUUCUGAAGAGGCCGGGCAGCAGGAGAACCUGGCUGGAGGUGACAGUGGCAGUGACAGCAAAGACAGCACUGAUGUCCAAGACAGCUUGCAGGCCUUGGGGUCCACCUCCUAGAGCCUGCCUGAGCACUGAAGGUCCUUGUAUUUUAGCUACAUUGUUCUUGGGAACCUUGGUCUACAUUCCCUGCUCUGGGCUCAUCUCCUGGUGACCUGAAUGGCUCUCCUUUCAAAGCUUAGCAGCAACCUUCUGCAUAACCUACCUGUGUGAUCAUGGAGCCACACCUGGACACAGAACCUGCUGUGCAGGAGUCAAGGAAGCCCGAGGACUGCCGUGCAGCACCUUUCUUGGCUUCGUCAUGCUGCCGUCGGAUUCUGUUCAAUACUGUUCUGAUCGUGUGGAUCCUGCAGGUUUCUGCCCGGAGUGCCUGCAGGAAGUGGGGACAACUUGAGGAGAUCCCCGGCUUUCAGCCUUUGCCAUUGCUUAUCUGGGUUUGGUUUUGUUUUGUUUUGUUUUUCUUGGGAGUAUUGGAGUAGGCAGAAUCAUCAAGUUAGUCCUUGUGCGCUCUGCCCCUGUCGGGUGAAGUUACCCCCUUUUGCUUUCUGUGGAAACUGCCCAGUCCUGCCUGGCCCUGCCCUCCCUCUUUUUGAAGAAGACUGUUCCCUUUCCCGUGGGAGAAGGUGAUAGAUGUUGGACUAAUACCGAAGCAGAAUUUGUAGAUCUAAUGAAAGGACAAGCAGAAAUUAAAUUGCAAUCUCUAGCCUGAAAAAAUAAAAAUACAGAAAGGA